AUGUCUUCUAGUAAAACUCAUUCUGCACAGAACGCUAAUUCCCAAGAGCCUAAACCACCUUCAGUACUCUUCUGCUAUGGCUGUGAAAAAGAGAAGCCUAUUCACUCAUUCUCGAAAACGCAAAUUACAAAGGCAAUGGCAAAUAUUUAUAAUCAAUGCAUGAAAAAGCAACAAGACGAAGAUACCGAUGAUAGUGAAGAUUACGAUGACUCGGAAGACGGUUCUUAUAAUGAAACAUGGGAUGAUAUCUUGUAA